AUGUCUGGAUUCUCUUCCUUUCCCAUCACCGGAAUCAAAGCCGACGGCCAAGUCCAUCCGCGCCCUGAAAUCAACGCUUGGGCAAGUAACAACCCUAUCCAAUUUUCACUCUACAUCCGAGCCUUGCAAAUCUUCCAGGCCCUACCCUUUGAAGAUGUCAAAUCCUACUUCCAGAUCGCGGGCAUCCACGGCCUUCCUGCUAUUCCCUGGGACAAUGACCCCGUCCCAAUGGAAGCAAGCAAGUCUUACAACAAUAACUACUCGUCGUCGGAUGGUACCCCUGAUUUCUACUGUCCGCAUAACUCUAUCCUUUUCCCCACUUGGCAUCGCGUGUAUGUGCUCUUGUUUGAGCAGCGACUCUGGGAGAUUAUGAACUCAGAUAUCGUGCCUCAGGUCACUGGCGAUCAACAGGCUGUAUGGCAGGAAGCGGCUGAUACCUGGCGAUUGCCAUAUUGGGAUUGGGCUGCGGAUCCCAGUGUGCCAUCUGUUGUUCGAGGAGAUACUGUCUCCAUCGUUGAAUUCGAUGGCAAGACUGUUAUGUCUACUUCCAACCCGCUCUACCAGUUCAGCACCGGUGCAAUCUCAACCUUCAAAAACACGGGUUCGGUUCCUCUGUUCAAUGAUCGUUCUAGUCUUGGACAAUGGACUAUCUUCAAUGACCCCCCAAUGGACUAUACCUCCGGGACCAGCCGCUGGGGCCUUCGUAACGAUAAACAUAGCAAAGAUAUCUUGACCAAAGAGGAGGCCGCUGGUAUUCAGAACAAUCACUUGGUUGAUCUGGCCCUACAAGACCCCAAUUGGGCAGUUAUCAAAGCGACAGUCAAGGAUCAAAAGGGCAAAACGAUUAACAUUCCUACCGGCCUCUGUGGUUCAAUCUUGGAUCAAGUCAGUCGCCUCUUCGUUCCAUCCAACUUUGAUAACUAUGCCGAGUUCGCUACUACUGCACAUAGUGGUAAGACGGAGCCAAAUGGAUGGCUGUCUCUUGAGAUGAUCCACAACUACAUCCACGUCAUGGUCGGAGGUCUCGGAUGGACCUUGGACCCGACUCGGAAAAUGUGUAAGGGCACUGCUCAGAAUUCUUAUGGCCAUAUGUCCGAUCUUGGCAUGGCUGCGUACGACCCCAUCUUCUGGCUGCACCACUGCAACGUGGACCGUCAGUUUGCUAUUUAUCAGAACAACAAUGGAAAAGAUCAGUGGUUCACAGGGGCUACAAAGGGUACUGAUCCGACCCCCUCGGAUAACCUCUAUCCAUUCCAUACCGAUACCAAGUUCAACCACUGGAACUCUGAUGGCGUUAAGGAUUGGACCACGCUUGGAUACACGUACCCGGAUCUGGCGCCUGAGACUAACUCGUCUGGGCCUGCGCCUCUUGAGCUUGUUCAGAAGCGACUUACAGAGAAAUACGGAGUCUUGCGAAGAGUUCUCCACGAGGUUGGUUCCACACAGAACAUUGAAGGUCUCGAAAAUGACUAUGUCAUCAACAUCAUCUACAAUCGCUUCGCCUUGAACGGCGUCAGCUACAGUAUCCACUUCUUCAUCGGCAAGGAAAGUGACAUUCCCGAAUCUCCCGAGGACUACAAGCUUAGCGUCGAUUACAUCGGCGGCAUCCACACAUUUUCCUCCAACUACUGGACUCGCGGCAACGAAAACGGCGUGAACUGCGAGAACUGCCAGAAACAGCAGAAGGCUCAUCAGCUGUCCAAGGGUCAGCUCCCCGUUACUCUUGCUCUCCUGCAGCGAGCGCUGCACGACGAUAAGAGAUGGGCGGAAAUUAGCCACCUUGGAAAAGACCAUGUUGUUGAGUACAUGACUAAACAUCUCCAUUGGAGAGCGGUCGCUGUGAGUAUCGCUAGUUUCCUGAGGUCAAGCUGGACUAACAAGAGUGCGCUCCAGGUGCCAAACCAACUCCUUAAGACAGAUGAUUUGCCGGACCUCAAGGUCUUCUUCAAGGCUGGAAAGGCAGAACAUCCAGAGGAUGCAGCAAAGCCAUCCAAGUACUUUGGCUAUGAGCAUCAAUGGGGGGUAACGAAGGACAAACUUGGAGGAGCCAAGCCUGAGUAG